AUGGACAACUCCGAGGUUGUCAUGCUGCUGGAGGAGCCGGCCGAGCUGUCGUCCAAGGUCACCGAGGCUAUCGAGGUGCUCAAGCAGCACGGCGCGCUGCCGGAGGGCGAGGCCGACGAGAAGGGGGCUGCUCACAAGCUGCGGGUGCAGGUCGAAGCCGUCGAGGAGCAAGACUCCAAGCCCGUUGUGCGUAUCCUCUACGGCACGCAGACGGGAACUGCCGAGAGGUUCAGCAAGGCGCUCGGCAACGAGCUGCGCCGCAAGUAUGGCAGCGGUGUCGUCGUUGAGGUGACUGACAUUGAGAACUACAAGGGCUGGGAGCAGCGCCUGUCCAAGGAGCAGCUGGUGCUGUUCCUGAUGGCCACCUACGGCGACGGCGAGCCGACAGACAACGCGGCUGAUUUUUACAGCUGGAUCUGCGCGGAGGGCGAGGCCGUCGAGGGCGGGGAGAAGGAGCCCUACAUGCAGGGCGUGUCGUACGGCGUGUUUGGCCUGGGCAACAAGCAAUACGAGCACUUCAACGCAGUCGGCAAGCGCAUGGAGAGGGUGAUGGGCGCCCUGGGCGCCACCGCCGUCGUCCGCCGCGGCGACGGCGACGACGACGACUGCAUCGACGACGACUUUGAGAAGUGGAGCGCAGAGCUCUAUGAGGCUCUGGGCGGCGCGCACGCGCACCUCGUCGGCGGCGCCGCGGGCGUGGGCGAGGGCGCGGGCGAGGCGGCCGCGGCGCCGGCGGCGUCGGCGGAGUACCUGUCUGAGAUCAUCGAGGGCCCGAUCGCCAAGUCGGCCAUGGCCGCCCCCUUCCGCAGCGGCACCGGCGCCUCGGCGUCCUCCCCCCACCUGGCCACCGUCACCGCGGUCCGCGAGCUCCACACCUCGGCCAGCGGCCGCAGCUGCGUGCACGUGGAGAUCGACAUAUCCGGCGCCAAGGGGCUGUCUUACAUCACCGGGGACCACGUGGGCGUGCUGCCGCGCAACUCCGAGGUUGUAAUCGCCGAGGCGGCGGAGCUGCUGGGCCUGCCGCUGGACACGGUGUUCAAGCUGACCGCCAAGGACGGCGUCAGCGGCCUGGCCGAGCCGUUCUCCAGCCCCAUCGCCCUGCGGGACGCCCUGGCCUGCUUCGCCGACCUGCUGUCGUCCCCCCACAAAGAGAGCCUCGCGGCGCUGGCCGCCUGCGCCACCGACGACGCUGAGAAGGCGCGGCUCUCGAGGAUGGCGGGGGCGGAGGGCAAGGCGGAGUACCAGGAGUUUGUGGUCAAGGCGCAGCGCAGCCUGCUGGAGGUCAUGCGCGACUUCCCCUCGGCCAAGCCGACCCUGGGCCUGUUCUUCGCCUCUGUCGCGCCCCGCCUCCAGCCCCGCUUCUACUCCAUCAGCAGCAGCGCCACCCGCCACCCCGGCUCGGUGCACGUCACCUGCUCGGUCGUGCGUGACGUCAUGCCCGCCACGGGCCGCGUGCACCACGGCGUGUGCAGCGGCUGGCUGGCGGCCGCAAAGGCGGGGGACCAGCUGCCGGUGUUCAUCCGCCACAGCCACUUCAGGCUGCCUGAGGACGAGCACGCGCCCAUCAUCAUGGUCGGGCCGGGCACGGGGCUCGCGCCUUUCCGGGGGUUCCUGCAGGAGCGCCAGUGCCUGGUGGACGACGCCGCCGAGCUCGGCCCCUCUGUCCUGUUCUUCGGCUGCCGCAGCCGCGCCCACGACUUCCUAUACGAGGCCGAGCUCUCGGAUUUCGUCGAGUCCGGCGCCCUGGGGCAGCUGCACGUUGCCUUCUCCCGCGACGGCCCCUCCAAGGACUACGUGCAGCACCACAUCGCCCGCGAGGGCGCGCGGGUGUGGGAGCUGCUGCGGAAGCCGGGGGCAUGCCUGUACGUGUGCGGGGACGCCAAGGCCAUGGCCAGGGACGUGCACCGCGCGCUGAUCGAGGUGGUGGGGCAGCACGGCGGCAUGGGCGGCGCGGCGGCCGAGGCGUGGGUCAAGCAUUUCACCGAGAGCGGCAGGUACAUGCGUGACGUGUGGUGA